CCCUCCCACCAGCUCUUAAGGGUCUGUGACUUCCCUCCUGACCAUCUCAUAUGGAACUCUUUACAGAGAUGGGACUUUCCUUUUCCAGCCCCUGAAGGUGCUCUCACCAGCCUGCAGAGCGAGGGGAGCCACACUUUCCCCAGCCAUCUGGGGUUGAGCGCUUCCUGUCCUGAAAUGCAGCUGCCAAGGAUCCUUAGAGGGAUGACAUGCUACUCUCCUCGUUUCCCAAGGGACUGGGACUGACUUUCCUAAGCCUCAGGGAGCCUCUUGAUGAGGAUGGGAUGCCCCCAAUCGCUAAGCCCAGGGCACAUCACAGCUUGAAGACAUCCGAGAUAUUGGAUCUUCGCUGCUACCCUGCUGUGGAUAUUCUUGUGUUGCCACUCCUCCUCCCCACUGAAAGGACACCAACUGGAAUCCUGAGAAAUUGCAAUGCAGGUUUCAAAUCUCCAAUCCAGUCUCCACGGUCCUGUCAAUCAGAUGGAGUCAAUAAGGAAGCCCUACAGCAUGAAGUUGAAGAACUGAAACAGAAGGAUCUUGCUCUGGAUCAGGAAAUUUCACAGUUGUUGGCUGAAGGUUACAGCCUGGAGGAAUUGGAGAAACACAUCUCUUUGCUCCAUGAGUACAAUGAUAUUAAAGACACUGGACAGAUGCUGCUGGGCAAGCUGGCAACGAUUAGAGGGGUCACCACAAAGGAGCUGUACCCCAAAUUUGAUCUGGAACUUACUGACUAGCAUUGAAACUGAAGACUACAAUCUCCUGCAGAGAUCACCAUUACUGGGGUACUGCGUGUUGGUACCGUACACCUUGAGAACUUAGAAGGACAGUAAAAAUGCAGAGACUUUCAAGGAAGUGUUACUUGACCGCUUCAUUUCAAAGACUAACUUCUAGAAUGGAAAAGCUAUUGAAUCCAUCCCAUGUUCCCUGUUUCAGGAAAAGUGGCAUUCUGCUCUUUGGCAAUGAGAGGAGUUUCAGUUGAAGUGUUAGGCUCCUCUUACUGUUCAUUAUUUAAAAAAAAAAAAAAAGGUUAUAAUUCAGAAUUAAUAGUUAACCCCUUCACUGUUGCACAUGUGAUUGGGGUUCUUUGACAUGUUGAUGGUCUAUGGGCUUCUUUAAGGAAGUCUUACAUGGGGAAGCAAUUGUUAGGUAUCAGUAAAUGGAUGGAGGAAGCAGCAGUGGAGAUAGAAUAUGCAGAGCUGUGUGUGUUUGUUAAAAACCUCAGAAGUGGGAAAGGAAUUCUGCUAAGAGCAAGGUGUUUAUAUGCCUCGUGCUGAAAAAGCUGUGGGUGCUCAAUGUUAGUGCCCCACUGAAUUGAGUUCUGGAAGCUGGUUGUUGCAUAUGUAUAAUAGUAAAUAAAUGGAAAAGCAUUAACUUG